CUUCGCUCGUAUUCAUUCCCGCGACGAUUUCCAAGCCAAGAAGCCACUGGAAGAACGCUGUCGAGUGCAACAUGAAAUCGUUGAUCUUUCUAUCCGUGAUAGUAGCCAGCUUGUCCGUCGUAUCGGCCGACGCACCGUUCGCCGAUAUCGCCAACAAAGGCCUCGACAUCGCGAGUCACUUCAUCGACAAGUUGAAGUUCUUGGUGAAGCUCACGAACGAGCCCAGCAACGAAGAAGCCAAAUCCAGUGAGCAAGUCGCCGCGUCACCCGCGAAACGUGCGAAGGUCUUGGCUCAAGCCACUGCACCCGAGGCUGAAAAUGUGAAAACGCAACCGGAAGCACCGGCUGCGGUCGUUACCGCGGAAAAAAGUGCCGUUGUUCCACAAGCACCUGUGAUUCCAACGGCAGCGCAGCCCACCGUUGCUGUAAAAAUUGCCCAACAAGCUCAACCCGUGACGGCAGCCACUGUUACCACUGCGAAAGCCGCACAAGCGAGUCAAGCGAUCAACGUCGUUCCUCCAAGUCAAGAACAGAUCAAGACUGGGAAGAAGUAACUGCUUGAAGGAGUGUACAUUUUGAAUAAAUAACACUGUUAGAUAUCGUA